AAGAAAAAAAUGAAUAAGCUGAACUCAAAAGCACCAAAACUGAGCACUACGACGCCAGAGCAACUUAAGACAGUACGCGCAUGUGACUGCACUGUCAAAAUCCGUUGAAUCGUUUAACAGACUUGUCCGAAAAUGCGAGCAAUCGUUUUGUUGCUGAUUCUCCUGUCACACAAAUCAGAAUCUCUCGUCAGGCCUCGUUACUUUUGUCCUGCUGAUUUUGUUCGUCUUGGUAAUGGUUGCUAUUACUUCAGCUCGUACAUAGCAAGCUGGCAAAAUGCGCACUUUGCCUGUCGCGACCACGGAGCUCAGUUAGCAGUACUUGAUAGCCGCUGGGAAGACAACACUAUUCAAACAUAUCUUUCCCGGCCAGAAUUCGCUCGUUUGGAAAGAUGGAUCGGUGGAUUGUACGAUUGGAGUGGUCAAAGAUGGUUGUGGGGAGCAACUGGACAACCCAUGAAUUUUUUGGGCUUUGGAGAGCUGACGGAAGGGCGUUUACGUGAAUGGCACUGUGUUUACAUGGAUCCAGAACAAUCACAUAAAUGGAAUCACAAGUUGUGUACAAGAAAUCUCCACUAUAUUUGUGAACUACCAUUAACAAAGGCGACUCCAGCCCAAAUUUUGCAAUGAAUCGGCCAAAAAAUAUAUGAUUUCAUAAACUUACCUUGAUAUAGGUGCAAAGUGCAUCUCCUUUCACCUGUCCAUUCUCAUUUCUGUAGAGCUUUAUUUUAUGUUUCCCAGUUUCCAAGUCUUUUUCAAUCAUUCCACACUUUUGCAUAAACUCAACAAUUUCUUCUUCAUUUAUCUCAGUGGGAAGAUUGGUGACAUAAACUUUAGUGUUCUUGGUUUGAUCAACUUCAAACCAAUUUGGCUCACUGACUUGCUUUUUCUCAAUUUUCGGUGGAGGUUCUACCUUUUUCUUCUCCAGUUCAGCCACUGGUUCUGUACUUGCCUCUCCACCAUAACUUAACUGAUAUCGAGCAAUAAAUUCUUCAUCCAACUUUGGAAA